ACUUGCACUCUCAUUCUAUGCAAACUCAAACACGUUUCUUCUCCUCAAUCCUUAAACACUUCCACCUACGUUGUUGUUGUUGUUUUUGCUGUUGUUGUGACCUUUCAUUCUUCAAAAAACAUGGCUGCCGAAGCUUCUCAAGACGUUGAUCUCAAGCUUGGAGAACCCAAGGGACCCAAAGAGGAGCCGGAGACGGAGAAUGGGUCGCCGUCGACGGCGGCCAUACGCGUGAUGCCGGUGGCGGUACACGUACCGGCGGGGAUGUCUAUGUCCAUGUCCAUGCAAGUGAGCAAGGCUUUGGCCCAAGCCCAAGCCCAACAACCACCGCAGAAAAGGGCCUCCACCAAAGACCGCCACACCAAGGUGGAGGGUCGAGGCCGGAGGAUCCGAAUGCCCGCAACAUGCGCGGCCCGGAUCUUUCAGCUGACCCGAGAACUCGGGCACAAGUCCGACGGCGAGACAAUCCGGUGGCUCCUCGAACACGCGGAGCCGGCCAUCAUCGCCGCCACCGGCACCGGAACCGUACCCGCCAUCGCGAUGUCCGUCAACGGAACCCUCAAGAUCCCAACCACAACAACUUCAACAACAGCCUACAGCAAAAACUCCGACCCGGAAUCCGGCGACCCGCCCGAGAAGAAAAAACGCAAACGACCCGCGAACAGUGCUUACGUGGACAUAAACGACGGCGCCGUUUCAGUCUCCGCGGGACUAACAACCUCAACACCGAACCCAUCGGCCACCGCGACAAUUCCGCAACAAACCGCGAUUCCGUUACCGCAAGGCGUGGUCCCCAUGUGGGCCAUACCCUCAAACGCCGUCGUUCCAACCGCAGGGGCGUUCUUCGUGGUUCCUCCCAUGGCUGGACCUUCGAACCAGCCUCAGUUCUUCACCAUAGCUCGUCCAAUCUCCGCCUUCGUCUCCUCCAUGGUCACCCCGCUUCAACUCCAAACAACCUCAACCUCCGUUCCGUCGUCGAAAUCGCCGGCGAGAGCGACCUCCAUGGCUCCGACCACCACCGCAUCCUCCGCCGUAUCCGGCGUCACGACGACGCAGAUGCUGAGAGAUUUCUCGCUUGAAAUCUACGACAGGCAAGAGCUUCAAUUCAUGUCACGCUCUUCUUCGAAGCAUUGAGAUUGAGAAAGAGAAGAACGUUGAAUCAGGUUGUGGUUUCCGCCGUUAACGACGUCGUUUAGGGGAAGCGAAGAAGAAGAGCACGUGCGCACGUGAGGUCGGAUUAAAAAUGGUGGGGACCACUUUCGUGUGGGUCAACACGAAAAGUGGAGGGGAAGGUGGGGACCCAAUGGUGGUGCUGCUCCGUGGACCGUGCAAGGAGGGUACUAUAAUUUUUUUUUUUAAAAAAAAAUAAUUAAUUAGAAUAACUAUUAUUCCAUGUUUUAUGAAGAUUUUUAUUAUUGAUUUUAAGUUGGCAUGCUUUGAAUUUUAUGUAAAUGUACUUAAAAUCAGUGAUAAAAAUCUUUUUUUUUUUUUUAUUUAAAUGCAUUAAUAAUUUCUCCCGUUACUCUCGUUGUCUUUAAUUUUCUUAGUUGGUGAGGGUUGAUCGUGGUCAUUCAUGUGAGUGUUAGGUGUGGGGCCCAAUGGUGGACCCUACGGGACCCUUUAUGCACGGUUCUCGAGCCUGUCUUUCCAAUUUGGUCCCUCUCGUGGGGCGAGUGAGUCCAGAAGGACACGUGUCGUGUUGUGGAUAGUUGACAGGUGGGGUACCACUUUUCAGUUCGACACGUGGGGGUUUUGUGGAGGGCCCACGUUACAGUACACAGAUCCCUUUAUUGGUUUUGAUUUGCUUGGCCCAAAGAAAACGUGAAGGGAAAAUUAAUAUAGAAAAAAGAAAGAGAAUGAUGAAUGGUAUCAGAUGCGCGAAAUCUUUUUAUUUUUCUUGAUUUGCUUUGAAGUUUAGCUUUGUAGCGUAUCUGGCAUUGUUGGAUCGUAUUAUGUUCUUCAUGUUGUUGUUGCCCCUUUGAGGCUUUGAGUGCUAUUUUUACACCGUUAACA